GGUUCAACUGGUCCAACCGUUUGGACCGCAAAAACGAAAACGACCCAGAUUGUACCCAGGCCAAAGGUCAUAGGUCGGGUCCGGGGUUAGCUCGAGGUACAGUAGAAGCAGGCUAUUCCCUCUACAAACAGAUAAAAAGGUAUACAGAGAAGAUGGCCGCUGCUGGAGGGAAACUUGCAGGCAAAGUGUGUAUAGUGACAGGGGCGACCCGAGGGAUCGGGAAGGGGAUAGCUUUACAGCUGGGCGAGGCUGGAGCUACUGUCUAUAUCACAGGUAGGACGUUAGUAGCCACCAAGAACGAUGUAGUAGGAGGUUCACUCACUGACACAGCCAGACAGAUAGAGGAGAGAGGAGGGAAGUGUAUACCUGUACAAUGUGACCAUACCAAGGAUGAAGAGAUACAACAGCUGUUUGAUAAGGUCAAGAGGGAACAGGAUGGCCAAUUAGAUGUCCUCGUCAAUAACGCCUACAACGCUGUCAAGGCCAUCUUUAAUAAUAUGAAAGUGCCAUUUUGGGAACAUCCAAUGGAUAUGUGGGACACUGUCAACAAUGUUGGACUCAGAAACCACUACCUGUGUACAACCCACGCUGCCAGGAUGAUGGUGCCCAGGAAAAAGGGGCUCAUUGUCAAUAUAUCAUCUUUUGGGGGACUAUCCUAUCUCUUCAAUGUGCCUUAUGGAGUUGGAAAAGAGGCUUGUGACAGAAUGGCAGCUGACUGUGCUAAAGAGCUGAAGAAACACAAUGUAGCUAUGAUCAGUUUGUGGCCAGGGGCAGUCAGGACGGAACAUAUCAACUCCUUUCUCGAUCAGGAAGUAUUUGAUAAUAAGAGUUUUGACACCAAAAAAGCAUUUGAAGAUGGAGAGUCCACAGAGUACUCGGGUAAAGCAGUGGUCUGUCUGGCAUCAGAUUCCAACAUCAUGAAGAAGACGGGAAAGAUUCACAUAACAGCUGAGCUAGGAUAUGAGUAUGGCUUCAAGGACAUUGAUGGACGAGAGAAUAUCUCCAUGAGGAACAUGAGGCAGGGCUUGUUGAUCUCUCCAAAGACUCGAUGGAUAGGCAGACUAACACCAGGUUUUCUUUACAUCCCUAAGUGGAUAUUUGCUCUGAUAGGAAACAAAUUCUGAGCUGUGUAAUAUAUGUUAGUUGUAGUGCUAGUGGUAUGAUUGCAGGAAUGUGUCCGAGAUUGAUGUGUGCUUGCAAGUAAUUGUUGUUCUGAUUUACCUUAACUUUACCCAAAUAUCUCAAGGAGUUUCCAUUCUUGUUGAAUAUUUUUGUAUAUUUUAAUUUGUACACGUGAUCAAUACCAAAGAUAGUUGUGAUAAUUGUUUGUUGACUAUUUAAACAAUAGUUAUGUCAUUUUUUAAUUCAUUUACAUAUACUUUUUCUUACUGGGGGUAUACUGUUACAGUGCUUGUAACAUUGUUGUUUCAUAAGAUAGUGAAUUGGUAAGAUCUAUAUUUUCAUUGUAAUCAUUUAUUUUCCCCAUUAUCUUGAAAGAACUAUCACAUUUAUAAAAUUAUGGUCAGUGACAACAAAUCAAAUCAACAUAAAAAUUAUCUGAGUAUUUAUUUCAAAUAGAUAAUGACAAUACUGUGAGAUGACCUCAACUGAUGGUACUAAUCAAUAUUCGUGCUCUACUAUGAUCUUAAAUAUUUAAGUCUUAAUGAACAAGAAACGAAGUAGUACAUGUACAUUGGCAUAUUAAUUGAUUCAUUAAAAAAUCACAUAAAAUAAUAUUUAACUUAUAAAAGGUUUUAUAUGCUCCGUACCUCGCACUCUUUACCUGUACAGCAUUUAUCUCUUUGGAAAGUUUUCAUUUUAAACAUAUAUCAAAAUCCACAUAGCUGGUAGUUAAUGUCAGAUGUGUCAUCAAUUAAGACUGUUAAAACACUAUCCUGUGAGGUAUAUCCUGAUGCUGUUUUAGAAUCACCAGGGACCUGUUCGUUUAGGAGGAAAAACUGGUUUGUCAAUUUUUAAUUGUAUUAUCUCGGUUAUAAAAUUGUGAUGGACCUGUAGAUAUCAAUACAUUUGUUCGUCAAGGCUCAUCCUUAAGCAACAUAAAAUCAAUUAGUCCGUUAUCAUUUCAUUAAUGAACAACUCUGGUACAACCAUCCAACCAUUGUACAACGAUCAACAAAAAACGGCCUAAGAUAGUUUUUUUUAAUCAUAUCAAGGAAUAUGAAAUAAAAAUCAAUACUUAAGUACUGCAGGGUUGAUAUCAGCAUUAUUUCUUAAAGUCUAGUUCUAUAUUGUUGUAACUAUAUAGGCAAAUGAGGACCGUUAUCAAGACAGAGCUUACCGUAUUUAUACUCAUAUAAGUCUCCUACCCUAGCGUAAAGGUUAAGUGUUAUAGUUUUAAAAUUCAGUAUUUUAGGGCAGGGGCCUAUUUGCAGAUAUAAUUACAGUACUUUCAUGAAUGCUAUGAUUGCAAUAUUAAUAAAUCUCCAGCAUUCAGGGCGAGAUUAGAUGAUACGUUAUGGCUGAUCAUUUUCUUGUAAUUCUUUAUAUUCUGCGUUUAGAUCACAUGAUUUUAAUGUUUUCAUAAAUUCGUAAAUUGAAAAUCCCAGGGUGAGCUGUAAUUCAUGUUAAUUAAUAUCUGACUUUUUAGAAUUUUGCUAUUGCCAGUACCCAAAAUGGAUCACUGCUUAAAUUUUAAACAUCUUACAUGUCAAAUAAAUACUGUAUUCAGUUUUUCAUUAUGAUAAUGAUCUUUGGAUUCUGAAUGAAUUUUUAACCAGUUGGGUUUGUAUUUAUAUUAAUUUUGGGGAAAAUGAGUGUAUGAAAUAUAUUGUGUCUGAACUUUGGGUGAAUGAAAUUAUAUUUUGACGUGUUAAAGUAAUGUAUUAGCAACAUAUUGUUGACCAUAAAUUGCAGGAACCCAUUGAUAAAAUAAUCAUGUGAUGGUACAAUUUCAUAGUAUAUUUAGUAUAAACUUGCCAAAGUGGCAUUAUUGUUCUUCGUUAAAAAUGACAAUCAAAUACAUAUUAAUCUAAUGCAAACAUCUUUUGAAACACAAAUAAAAUCAUCUUCCUCCA